CUGACAUCAGGACCACUUUCUCUCUCUCAUCCAGUCACCUUAACAUCCUGUUACGCGUCGAAGUGUCGGCAGUGCACUGAUGCGCAUCACUUGGAGCGCACUUUGGGAAUGGCAUCCGAGCGGAAUGGAUCCAGCACGGGCAGAAUUCUGGCCAACCAGUUCGCGCAGCCCGCGUGGCGCAUCGCGCUCUGGUCGGUGGCGUACAUCAUGGUGCUGGCAGUGGCGGUUUUUGGCAACUUGAUCGUGAUUUGGAUUAUUCUUGCGCACAAACGGAUGAGAACCGUCACCAACUAUUUCCUGCUGAAUCUAGCUUUCUCUGACGUUUCGAUGGCUGCGUUCAACACCCUCAUCAACUUCAUUUACGCGGCUCACGGGGACUGGUACUUUGGAGAGGUCUACUGCAAGUUCCACAACUUCUUCCCGGUCACUGCAGUGUUUUCAAGCAUCUACUCUAUGGCGGCGAUAGCCAUAGACAGGUAUAUGGCAAUCAUUCAUCCUCUCAAGCCUCGUCUGUCAGCCCGAGCCACCAUCGGAGUUAUAUUGUUCAUCUGGAGCCUCGCAGUUAUUCUGGCCUUCCCCCUUUGCUACUUCUCCACCACACGGACACUACCAGGCAGGACCUUUUGUUAUGUGGCCUGGCCCCGCAUGGCUGAUGACCCCUUCAUGUAUCACAUCAUAGUAACAGUCCUGGUGUAUCUGCUGCCGUUGGUGGUGAUGGCCAUUACUUACACCAUUGUUGGAGUGUCGCUGUGGGGAAGCGAGAUCCCUGGAGACUCAUCUGACAACUAUCAUGGACAGCUCCGUGCUAAAAGGAAGGUGGUGAAGAUGAUGAUCAUUGUGGUGGUGACCUUUGCCCUCUGCUGGCUGCCGUACCAUGUCUAUUUCCUUGUGACUGGUCUUAACAAGCAUUUGAGCAGGUGGAAGUACAUCCAGCAGGUGUACCUGUCCGUGAUGUGGCUGGCCAUGAGCUCCACCAUGUACAAUCCCAUCAUCUACUGCUGCCUCAACGGCAGGUUCCGGGCUGGUUUCAAGCAGGUGUUCCGCUGGUGUCCCUUCAUCCGCAUGUCGAGCUACGACAUGCUGGAGCUCCAGAACGCCAGACUCCGACCCUGUCGCCAGAGCAGCAUGUGCACCCUCUCCAGAGUUGAAACCAGCAUCCUGAGCAAAAAUAAGAGUGUUUGCUCUCGCGGAAAUGCGUCAAAAGCCGAACCUGAGCAGAAUCAUACGGAAAGUUAG